AAACUAUCUGUUUCUUUUAACACCUUUGAUGGCUAGGACUAGAGUUUAGAGGUUAUGUAUUGUUAGAAAUAAAGCCAUCGUCAGGAUUUCAAUUUGCAUUUUCUGGGUGCCUUCAAUUCUUGAUUUUGCCAAGGGCUUGCAAUAUGUGUAUUAAUUUUCCUUCAGGGUCCAUUUAGCAGCAACAAUCUGCAGGCUCAUUUGCAUUUUAAUUGGGUCAUUCUCCAUCCCCUCCCCCCACCUUGGAGCUUCUCUGUGCUUCUGAGAACUGGAGGCAGAUGUUGUAGCUGCAUCUGGGUGACUGGAAUGCCAAUGUUCUGUAACUUUUCUGGUGGCUACCAAACCACAAGACCACUGAAUUAAAAAGCUGAGGGAAUUCCCAGUUCAAGUGUCAUAUGUCCAAGCAGCCCCAGUAGAAACUGGGUUUCUUUCUUUUUUUUUUUUCAAUCACUAACCAUAAGACUUUAUUGUAUAGUCCUUUCCAGUGAGCCAUUCCUCACAAUUCCUCUUUACACAAGGUUCCUGCUUUGAAAAGGAAAAUUCACAAGAAGGGGGCUCAUGUCUCGGGACAGCUAUGAGACUUUGGAAGGACAGACUAAAGCGUGAGAGAGGCGGAUGGGGUGGAAUAGGUACCAUUUUCCUAGAUGAAGCAACCAGGCAGUAGUUUAGCUGGGGUCCUGUUGAAAUCAAGGCUGUGCUGUGACAUGAUGACUUCCUAUUCACAGAGUUGACACAGAAAGCUGGUGAAGCAAGCCAGAAUUCAGGCUAGCGGCCUCAGUGAUUCUGACAUUACUGUGCUUGUAGGGAGUGGGGCAGCAUGAAAUAUUUAUGAUAGGCCUGGUGGGAAUUGGCAGACCUGGAGGUUGAGAUCUGCAGAAUGUAGGGUAUGGAGAAGGCCUUGAGUAGUGAAUACUUACCUAGUUGUCCCUAAGAGUCACCGUUUCAGAGAGAACUGCUGUUUCUUUUAGAAGCUCUAGUAGACAUGUCCACUCUGCAGUCCGCAAACACACAUACCUGGGAUACACGUACCCAGGUUUGGAUAUGAAUUCGGCCCAAUACAAAAUUGUAAACACAGACACAGUUCUGCUUAUCUUUUGAUGAUUCCUCUUCCUGGGUCUCAGUUGGAACUUUGCAGAUGACAGCAUUGUGUUGUGGUGUUAAAAGGUUAGACUAACUUGAUGGAGGGGGUGAAUUACUAAGACCCCUUUCUUUACAAAUAAAUUUGUAAAAAGCUGAAAAGUUGCUGGGUGUUGGUAGAACUCUGCAGUGAUACCUGCGUUCUGGGUAAACAUGUCUUGUUUGAAUUUUUAAUUUUUAAUUGAUCGUCGCUGCCAAGGCACUUGUGCACGUGCACAGGUAAGCGCAGACAUCCGAAGUUGACACUGAUUGCUCAACACCUUAUAUACCGAGGCAGAAACUGAGCUUGCAUUGCAGCCAGUCUGGCUAGCCUGGUUGUUCUGGGGAUUUCCUGUCUCCACUGCCUGCAUGCUCGGGAUAUAAGCAGGCCACCAUACCCACCUGGGUCUUUAUAUGGAUCUGGGAUUCCAUCUCUGGUCUUCAUGCUUGCACUGUAAGCCCUCUAUCCUCUGAGCCUUCUUUCUAGCCCCAUAGAUAACGCUUUGACUUCUAGAUAGGAACCUAUCAGUCUACAGACAAAUUAGUGGGGACUUAGGCCUUCUCAGAGCUGGUUCCCGUCUCUAUUUUGUCUUGAGGGAAAACAAGUUUUUACAGUGCCCCUUCAGCCCACAGCUGUGUCCAGAUACUCCUAAACACAGCUGCUGGGGUUCGGUUUGUAGGACGGGUAUCUAUCUACGUGUGCCUGGCUGGCUUCUGAUUUACUGUGGAGCUGAGAAUGAUUUUGAACUUCACUGAUCCUGUUUCUGCCUUCUAGUACUGGGAUUUCACUGCCAUGUCCAAUGUAGUGAGCGCUGGGGGAUUUGAACUCAUGCUGAGUGAAUGCUCUACCAAAUAAGCUAUGCCCCUAGCCCAGCGUUCUGUUUUUAAGGGAUGUUUGUUGGAGGUUGGUUUACAGGGGCUGUGAUGAUCAGAAACAUAGGUUGGGGAGCUAUGGAAAAAGAAAUGUGAAAUUUGGGCCCUCAUGUACUCCCACUGAUGAUAACUGUCCAUGAACUCCAAAGACUGAAUCCAAGUAACUGGAGCUUUUCGUGUUGGAAUCUGUGUGUCUAGGUUUAUCUGUUUGUCUGUCUAGCAUUGGUUUUGCCUUGGGUGUUUUUCAGGUGUAGAAUCCUGGGUUGCAAAAUAUAAGGCCUUAAUCGUUUGUCCUAGAACAGAAUGCUGUAUCUGUCUAUAUGAGGGCUGUGGGUGCCCUGCAGAGCAGUACCACAACUUUUGGUGUUACUCAGAGAUAGGCGGCCAUGUGCAAGGCCUUACUUCUCUGUGUCACUUACCUUGGUAUAAAUGACACUGUCUUAUCAGUCCUGGGAGAAUGCCUUUGUGUGUCCUCAGUCAGGUGAAGAGGCCCAACUUCUCCUCCCACUGGGUCCCCAGUUGUCUUAGAGUCAGAGGUGAGUAUGCACACCUGUUUUUCCUUGAGUUGCCUCAUACCCUGGGGGCACAGGCUGUCCCAUCUCAGCAAUCAAGGCCAUGUGAGCUAGGUGUGGUGGCGUUUGCCUCCUGAGACCUUUGGGUGUCCUAAGCCAGGUGCGUCUAUUUUUAGGCUGGGCUUGUUGUGAUUAGAGGGUCACUUUUGCAAGACCGUGACCUGCACGUGCUCAAUUGUUUUCCUGUAGGAUCUCUGGGUGUUGGUGGAUUAAAGAUAUCAUUCAGCUGGGUGGUAGUGGCAGUGCAUGCCUUUAAUGACUGCAGUCUGGAAGGAGACACGGGUGUAUCUCUGUGAGUUCAAGGCCAGACUGUUCUAUGAGUUCCAGGAUAUAAGGAGCACUCCUGUCUAAGGGACUGCAGGGGAGGUGCAGGGGGAAGCGGUUAAAAGUUUGUAUCCAGGAGCUUGAGGAGCAGAGGCUUACGGAGUGUGAAAUAGGAGAGAGAUGUAAGUAUCAGAGUGUUUAUCAGAAUUUACAGAUGGCUCCAUGUGGAUCGGCACCAUAGCAGACAUGUGGUCUCAUGUGUGUUUGUAAACUGCACAGCAUUGUUGGCAGACAUAGGUGCCAUGUGCUAGCAAGGGUUUGAGGGCACUAAUGAAGACUGGUGCCAGCACUCGGAUGUGGAGGGGCACCGCAGCCUCUGUGAAAAGCAGAGAAUACUAGGCGGAGGUGGCAAGGGAACCUGGGGUCCAAACACUAGGUAGCCAUAGUCAGAGUCACUUAGCAUCCAGGGAAAGCCACAGGGCCACGGGACUGGAGUGGGGAUGUGUGUGGUUGUGCCUGGCAGUGGGCAUAUUAUAAACCCAUGGCCAUUGGGAGUUAGGAAAGACAGGAAAUUUCCUCACUCCCACUGGAGAACAUACAGAAAGAAAAGAGAAAUGGUAGUAAGUUUUCUUAAGAGCUUAGAGUAAAGGUGUGCAGGAGGGGUAGGGGGUCCUUGGAGGAAAGAAAGGAAAGGCAACAUGGAGCUGAAUUGUCACUAGUACACUCAGGUGGAAAGGCCAGCUUCCCAUGGUCAUCUGGCUGAGAAGCAAAGGACGUCAAGACAGAGAAAGAAGCAUCUGAUGCCCAUGGGCAUCUUUCUGGCGGUUUUAGAAUUCACCCUCGUAUAUAACAGCAUACACACAACUCCCACGCUUCUCUGGUGCUUAGAGGUUUAGAGGCGGUAGAUGUGUAAGUGCUUACGUGUAUGCAUGCUCACCACGUGUCUGUGCUGGUGCCCUCAGAGGCCAGGAGAGGGUCUCUGAUCCCCUGGAACUGGACUUAAAAGCACUUGUGAACUGCCUGGUAUGGGUACUGGGAACCAAACCCAGGUCCUCUGCAAGAGCAGCAAGCACUCUUAACCACUGAGCCACCUCUCCACCCCUGAACUAGUUUUUUUUUUUUUUUUUAAGUAGAAGCAAAUUCUGCUAGCUUGGGCUUACGUUCUUAAUUUUACAGCCACCUUAUUCUUUACACCUCUUUUUCUUCUUUGCCUUUAUCAGUAAAAGAGGAAGUAGGACCUGAUUCGUGCCUAACCAGGAAUUAAUCCAGACAUUUUAAAAGCUGAAGAUGAUUUUACUCCUGAGAAGGAAGUUGCAGCUCUUUUCCAGCCCAGCUCUUGAUGGUGGACUGACCCAGGAGAUGACUAGUGUUUUCAUGUCUCUCUUCCGGGGAAGUCCCGGGCGAUGUGUGAUUCUGUUCCGCCCUCAUCAAGUACCCAGUGGCCUGAUUGGAGCUGGCAGCCCCUCUGGAAACCCUUCAACACUGACUUCUGAGUCCUUUAACACCGCUAUGCACUCAGAGUUCCGUUUCUCUUUCCCCGUUUCCCUGUUGUCACUUUCAAUUAAACCAGGAACUUCUGGAGCCAGGAGAGCCAUGUGUAGUCUGGCUAGUGAUGGCUGUACACUGAAAUGGCAGAGAGGAGACUGAGAUGUGGACAGUCCACACCACUAUAGUGUCACUUCAUCAAUGCACACCUUGGGGCCACGACCAUGUUAUUACAGUACUGGAGCCCAAGCUUGGCAAAUACACUGUCCUCUGUCUGAGGAGGCUUCCUGGUUACUAAUAAGCCCCGGUUGCUGUAGUCGCACGUAGUCAUUUGGUAAUGCUUACUCUUUUUUCUUUUUUUCUAGAGAAGUGAAAUAAAGCACUUAUUUUUAAUAUACGCCCUUCUUUAAUGCUGCUUACCGCUCCUUCACAAACAACACCCCCACCAGAGAGUUAUUUGCUUCUACAUUUGCAGUGCCUGGAGCGUUGAUAGCUGCUUGAAGGCCCACAUGUUUCUUUGGUUGUUAUUUUGUUCCUUUUGGAGACACUGUUGCUAUGUAGCUUCUGCUGGCCUUGCAUUCACUGUCUUGCCCAGGCUGCUACUGAGCUUGGUCCUUCCUGGUCAGCCUCAAGGAUGGCUGGCAUUGCAAUGGUGCCUCAUCAUACCGGGCUACCCUCUUUCUUAGUUGAUCACAAACCAGAGUGGCUUGAUCCUAGUGCCCACAGUUCUCUCAAGUAUUAGGAGUCUCGGAAGUUUCACGCCUUGGCAGCCUUUAAUUGGCAGCCUUUGUAUUGUUUCUGGGUAGGCUGCAAACUGCUGGGCCCUUUGUUUUCUAGCUGCUUUAGAUAAGGUUUAAGACCUGGAAGUCACUCUCCCCUUAUUCCCAUGGGAAAUCGCCUCCAAUUAUUUCUAGAAAUUCUUCUUGUGGGAAGGAAAGGGGAGAAACAAAAACCUGAUUGUUUGGAGGCCCCGGGAAAGAAGUUUACGUACACGGCCCAACUUCCUCAGUGGCAUCAGAAAGCUGCAGGUUUAUGAAUUAAGUUCCCACAACCACAGACACAUCUGUGAUUCUAGGAGAUUCUUCAGGGUUAAGGUGAUAAGUACCUCGAUAGUGUAGCUCUGAGCCCAAACAUGUCACUGAAUCGUAUGUGGCUUUAGAACGACUUCUUCCAAGGGCUCCCUCCACGCUCCUCCACUUGUAAAAGAAACACUCUGAUACCUUUUGAUCAUACUGAUGCUGUGGUAAACUCAGAAAGCUGACAGCCAGGAGUCAUGUGUUGCCUCUGUUGGGCUUGAGGAAGAGCAUGGGGGAGGGGCUGAAUAGCCACAGAAACAAGUUACUGUUUUAAUUCACAGAGGCUUCUCGCAUUUUUACCACACGUUUGCAGCAGAGUAACAAGGGAGAGGGACCUUUGUUAAAUACCGACUCUGCCCAGGUUCCCUCUCCACUGCCUAGCACUAACCAUGUGCUAUGUGGUUCCUCCACCACCCUCCACCUGCUCCACUUAGGCGCUCAGGUCGAAUACCAGGUGUACAUUUGCCGGGUAGGGAUGGGUGGGGUAAGGCCUGAGGACUCUGUUCUUCUGAAGUUAGACUUGUCUUUACCAAAAAGAGAUUAGUCCUUUUCAGCCAUGUCUGAAGGAAGUGUGGCUAUCAUGAAAUGAUUCAAUCCUCAUGACUGGGCCUUGAUUCUGAGAAGCCACCUAAAGGAUGACCAGUAGCCCUGAGGAUGGCUGUCUUUGUUGAGGACCAAGGUGCACAGGUCACUAUGUGUUUCCUCUUCGUUUGCCUUCCCUGUACCUAGCGUGACCCUCGUCACCGUCUCCCAUGUUCACUCUGGUCACUCGUUAGAUGAAGAGAGGAGGCUAAGAACGAGAGAGCUGAGUCUCGGGUGGAACUUUCUUGUGCGUAGUUGGGAAUCUACACCAAGUACCCCAUGCCAAAGGAAGACGUCGACGACAGACGAGGAUAUGGAGGAACAUUUCGGAAAGCUCUCAAAGUGCUUGUUCCAGGAAUAUUAAUAAAUGUGGUGGGGCUGGGGAUUUGGCUCAGUGGUAGAGCGCUUACCUAGGAAGCGCAAGGUCCUGGGUUCGGUCCCCAGCCCCGGAAAAAAAAAAAAAUGUGGUACAAACAGGCAGGGGUGGGAACUCCAGAAAGGGGAUUUGGACACAGCAGAUAACGGAGGAGCCAGGUAGCAGCACGUUCUAAACGCAUUUCUCUGGAGUCUUCCUUGCACAGAGCGUCUCUCUCCCUCAAAUGAUAUUUUAUAGAAUCUAUUUUUAGAAAAACUAGAUUAAGAUCAUUAGGAAACCGAGAAAGAUCCCUUAAGAAGGAAAUUGAAAAAGACAGCAAAACCGGGGCCUGUGAGAUGGUUUGGUGGCCGGAAGCACUUGCCACUAAGCCUGGUGACCCAAGUUCCAUCCCUGGAACUCAUAUAAAGGUGAAAGGAGGAAACCGACUCCACAAAGCUGUCCUCUGCCUCCCUGUGUGUACCCAGGUACACGUUACACAGCCUCAACCGUGUGCUCACCAGCGUGUGCAAGCACUCACACGCACACGCACACACACACACACACACACACACUAAAAUUCAUUCUUUUAAAAAGCAGAUAAUGUUUUGUCCUAUUUUCUCAUUUCUUUAUUAGACAUUAGGAGCAUGCAGGAUCCUGAAGGGAAAUAGGAGGAAUGUUACUUCAGUAUCGUCCCGGCCUUAUCAUUAGAACGAGUGCCAGGUAGCCCGUGGGAGAGCUAAGCCAGUAACGGUGCUUCUCACCGAACCUGAAUGCCACCACCAAACCUUACUUACAUGUUGGAAGGAAAGAAUCGAUUCUUGCAAGUUGUCCUCUGACCUCCACAUUCAUACUGUGACGUGUGUGUGUGUGUGUGUGUGUGUGACAUAUAUGUGUGUGUGUGUGUGUGACAUAUAUGUGUGUGUGUAAUAAAAACAACUGUAAUUUAAAAUUUAAAACAGGAAUAAGCAGAGAGGAAAUCACUUCCCACCAUAGCCCAGAAGGCUUGUAGAAGAUGUGAACCUGUCACACAUCGUGUGACUCAGAGCCAUGUUUGGGGACUUUGUCUGUGUUUCUUAGAAAGCCUUUACCGCCUACUUUGCCUGGUGAUGUCUGUCAUGCUUAUCUGACCAGGUUCUCGCUCAUUCAUUUAAUUUUCUGUACCCUACCAACAUUUAUGCUUGUGGUCCCCAGAUCGAGAAGCAGUCACAGUACAGUGUACAGCGGUGUCCCAAGACCCCACGAGGCGCAUGCUGUGGUUGAGUCUUGUUGUAGGAGGCUGUCCUGCAUGUUACAGAUAUUUAGCAGCGUCUCUGGUUCCUACCACUAGAUACCAGUAGCAACCCCUCCCUCCAUCCCAGUUAUAACAACUAAAAAAAUGUGUGUCUGAUGGAAUAAUUCAGCGAUAGAACACUUGCUUAGUAUGUGGGGGACCCUAGACGUGCUCUCCAGCAUACACACACUGAAUCCCCAAGAGCUGGAGUUACAGGUAGUCUCGAUGUGGGUUCUAGGAAACAAGCCCAGGUCCUCUGGAAGAGUGGUACAUGCUCUUAAUCCCUGAGCUCGCUUGCGCUCGCUCCCCUCAUCCCCCCACCUCCAGUCUCAGUAUGCAUGUUUCUUCACAAGGCAUUAGACUAGCUCAAGAAUAGUCUUAGAUGCUGUCUGAAGGAGGGGAAGUUUUAUUCUAUGCACAGUGGUACAUCAGUAGAGCAUGUCCAACUGAUCUACAUGUGCACUCAAGUAUCUGUGUACAAGAUGGGAUGGAGGGGUGGGGGUGGGCACUUAAGUGAGAAAUAGUUAGGAAUCAAGGCCUUAACCUGUGAAGGGGUAGGUGGCCAGAAAUAGAGAGGGAAGAAAACUCAGGUGAGUGGCGGGAGUAGCAAUGAUUGGAAGAGCGGGAAUGUGUUUGAGGAAGAGCAUGCUAGGUUUUAUUUGAGGGUAUCAUGGGUUUUUGUAUUUAUUGAGCAUCCCAUGAGAGAUGGGCAGCCAUCAGAGGCUGGUCAGAGCUCAGAGGAGAGCUGUCCACCGAGAGUCAGCUCACUCUUAUGUGCUGUAACUAACUAUGAUGAUAAAAAAGCUAGAACCCAGAUACCAGGCAGCAGGGCAGCUAGAAAUUGGGCUGCAAGCGCUGGUCAAGAACUGGACAGAUCCCACAGCUGAGAAACUGAUCCCUGUCCAGUGACCAGUGAGAUGCUGAUGUCCAUCUGCCUGAUGUGAGGUAGGCACCAGGGCUGCCGCUACAUGCGGGCCUCAGGAGAAGAGGAACAGACUGUGGACAUGUGGAAUUCACUGACUCGUAAACACUGCAUCAGGCAGUAGUUAGAAGGGAGCCGAGCCUCCCGAGUUUGCAGGCCAAAGCUCUCCUGGCUUGCACAAUCCAGGGUGUUCCCCAGCAGCGUCUACAUUAUUACCUCUCAUCUCAGCACAGGGAAACAGCACCUUGCCUGCUCACACGGCUUUGUUUGGGUUACACUGGGUUGAGGGAUAGGGAACAGAUUGUUUUCAAGGCUGUUUGUAAGUUUUAACUUGUAACACGUGAUCACCUUUUCAUUUUUUUGAUUUUCAUAAUAAGCAUGACAGUUCUAGAACUGGGAAGGGCAGCUACGGAAAAGCUAAGGAGAAGAGGCAGGAAAAGUCAGUUUCCAUUGGCUUUCUGAAAAGUAUGACUAUGUUGCCGUUUCGACCUCUUCUCGUUCCCAGAGUUGUGGUUUUAAGCAUAUUCACGUUGCUGCACAAACACUCAUAGCAGCUGUCUCCAGAACUUGGGUUUUCAAGAAUGAAACUCUGGGCGGGACAUGGAGGUAUGGGGCUAGGAUCCCAGCACCUGGGAGGCAGAGGAUGGAGAAUGGCGAAUUUGUUGUCUGUACAUAGUACACCUUGUUUAUCCAUUCAUCCAGAGGUGGAUAUCUUCCAUGUUUCCACCGUUUGACUAUUGUGGUCAGUGCUACUCAUAUGUAUGGAGUAGGGGGGUGGCUAGUGUAGUUGCAGAUGUAUGUGCACAUACAUGCUUGUGCCAUGUGAAGGUUAGAAAACCCCAAUUUUUCAGACACCAACCACCUAGGUGUGUGUGUGUGUGUGUGUUUAUAUGUGUUCAUAAAUAUAUAAAUACAACCUGCUCAAUUUGCUUAGUGUUGCAUAUAUAUGAUUUCAGGCCUGAUCAUUUGGUAUUAGAUAACCAAUUAGGGGGCUAAUCCCUGUGAAACCCUUAGUUGCUCUAAUUCUUUAAAUAUGAGCAAAGCACUGCGACAGUCAUCCCCACCCCCAUGUUAACGUGACUGUCAGUGUUGUUUGUGGCUCUUCAGGUCAUGUUUAGGCAGCCAUAUUGUUGAGGUAUCACGGGUGAAGCUUCCCUGUCAUUUCUAGGAGACAGAACCACAUAGCAACUUUCCCAGUCCAGACCUUAAAGUCAGUCCUGCCUUCUAAUCUCAGCAUUUCCACCAGGGAAGCUUUCUUCCCUCCCUGGGCCUAUUGUCACAUCCACUUGGUGAGGAGGUAUGAGGAAAUGGUUCUUAGGGUCCCUCCCAGGUCACAGAAGGUGUGAAUCCAGUAGGAGGUGAGCACACAGGAGUGUCUGAUCUCAGGAACCAAGGUGAGUUCCGCACGACUACUUCCUGUGGUAACAGGAAGUCAGCGAGGAUUCAAUUCAGAAACCAGGGAUGAAAUGGUGGCUGGUUCUUGCACUUGCUACGGGGUGAUGUUGUCAGUAAAUUGCUACCAGGUGGUGUUGUCAGUGAACACAGCAGCAGUGCCCUUGAAGCGAAGCUCGGUGCUGUGCAUUGCCCAGCCUCUGGUGAGAAAAUGUGACAGAGAGGUGGGAAAACUGGUUUUGCUAUAGAUUUUUGGCAGCCCUCACAAACGGAUAGAAUGUUCAGUAGACACGACUUGCGUGUCACCACAACUGGAGUUUUCUCAUGGGCCAAGAACAUGUUGACCCUGUUUCCUCCACUCCUUAAAAAAAAAAAAGUAAAAAUAAAUAAAUUAGUAUAAGGACCAGGCUUCCUUCUAAUGGUAAAUUCAGUGUAGGAGAGUGAGCUUUCCCAAAGCAGGGAGGAAAGUCCACCAUCCAGUCUAGCCUCUGGGCUGCAUGUCACUCAUUGAAUUGAGUGCUUGUCCUCUAGUAUUUCUUUCUAUCUGACCCACCAGGGAAACAGCACAGGUGGGCCUGACUGUAAAGGGAAGCCACCCGGAGAUUCCUCACAGAUGUGUGGGCUAUGAGGAGGACCGUGUAGUUUCCUUUGGAGAGAUAUUGUGUGUGAGUGUGUGUGUGUGUGUGUGUGUGUGUGUGUGUGUGUGUGUGUGUGUGUGAGAGAGAGAGAGAGAGAGAGAGAGAGAGAGAGACAGAGGCAGAGACAGAGACAGAGAGACAGAGAAAGAAACAGACAGACAGAUAGACAGACUGACCGACUGACCUGGUUUCUCUGUUUUGUAGCUCUGGCUGUCCUAGAAAUCACUAUGUAGACUAACCAGGCUGGGCUCAAACUCAGCAAAAAUCUACCUGCCUUUGUCAUUUGUUGUUAUUGUUGCUGUUACUAAAAACAACUUUUAAAAUUUUAUUUAACUGUGCACAUGUUUCACCUGCAUGUAUAUCUGUGCCUGCAAAGGCCAGAAGAGGGCAUUGGGUCCCCAGGAACUGAAAUUAAAGACAGGGGCGAGCUGCCUUGUGAGUUCCAAGAAUUGAACCCUGGCCCUUUAGGAGAGCAGCUCUCCAGCCAUCUCUCCAGCCCCAAUAUAAUAAAAUAGUUUUGAAAAUCGAACUUCUAUGGUGACUAAACAUAGGUUAUGACACUGUGUAAUUUGUAUGGGGGAUGUGACUAUAUUGAAUAAAAAUCUAAAAUAAAUGGAUAAAUUAAAGAAGAUGACUUUCUGGAUGUGUAGCCUGAGAACAGCUAGUAAACAAAAGAUAUUUUUCCUAGAUUGUGCCUGGUGAGAAUUUUGUUAAUAUUGUGGUAACAAUAAGCCAUUUUCUUUUGAGUCGUUCAUGCACACUUUUUCAAACCUACUGCCAAGGCCUUGGGGCUACCAAUUCCUUUGGCUCUGGCUGGACUUCCGGAGACCCCCUCACUUCACUGCAAAGCAAAGCUGUUUCCAUAGAGUAGAAACAGGGUUGUACGUGUACUGCUUUGGGGGAGCCUCUUUUUUAAAGUUGUACUUCCUGAUAACGUCAGGGCGAGAGACCAAAUCAUCUUUGCUGAGGUUCAAGAAGGAGCGUGUGCUCCAAUCAGCCCUCUCUGUAUUUGAUAGUCUGAAAUAGAAGAUGGGAUUAACCGGAUUAGAAAAGUGGAGCUUUGUUGUCAUGGAGACAAGUAGCCCUUCUGUACCAAUGAAUUUCAUUAUAAAAUAAACUCCCAUUUUUAUAUCCAUUUGAAUGCCGGUUUCGUGUAUGAGUGUAUAUGUGUGCGUAUACACUUAAGGUCUAGGACCAGCAACACUAGCUGGCUCUGAGCCCUAAGAGCCACCUGUCUCUGCCUCCCACUCCAGCUCCAGCAGUUACAGAUGUGCACUGGCCUUGACAUGGCUGUUGCCAAUCCCAACUCAGCUCCCAUGCUUACACAGCAAACAUCCAACCCACAAACCUUGGCCGUUUAAAGAUCAAAAUAUACUUAGCUCCUUGUGAAGGAGUCACUGGGUGGAAAAAUUCUCAGCUUGUUUCCUGGCGUCCCUUUUUUUAGUAAAUGUAAAAGACACACUUGGUGUAUUUUUGUUGGUAUAUUUUUGUUGGUUCAUGCCUGAAAUCUGGAGUCUACCUCUGUGGUCUGUGUCCAUAUCAUGAGCUGUCCUUCGCUGAGGGCAGAGCUGACCUACAGAUGCCGUCAAAAGGACACCUCCCAUGACUGCUGCCAGGGGCUGGCUUCCCUCUUCGCUCCCCCAAAAUUAAAGUGGUUUUUUAGCAGUCUGGAAUUUCACACACUGGCAGAGCUGUGUGUGGCUGGUCCCCUCACAUACACCGUUUAACUGGACGCACUCAUAAAUGAAAAAUGAUCUGAGUGCUUCGAGUGGGUGGGGCCGAGCUCAGCAGGUGAAGCUGGAGGAGAAUCUCUUUCUGUGCUCAGCGGAGCAGAGCGGAGCGGAGCGCAGAGCGCACUGGCAGGAAGUUGGAGCACGCAAUGGUCUGGCUCACAUUUUUUUGUUGAUAGUUAGUAACCCUCUGUGAAGAUCUGAAUGGAGAAGGGAAAGAAAACACAGCAAAGUUUGGCAGCUGGCCUGUACAAGUUGCUGCUGGAGCCCAGUGGAGAGUGUUUACCUGAGCAGCUUACGAUGCAGUUACCUCGCUGAGCAGUGCUGGAAUGGCGGCUUCAUCUACCUGAUCAUGCUGCGGCGCUUCAAGCAGAAAGCCCACGUGACUUACAAUGGCAACAGUGGCAACAGCUCAGAACCCGGGGAGACACCGACCUUGGAGCUGGGUGACCAGACUUCAAAAAAGGGAAAAAGAACAAGAAAGUUUGGGGUCAUUUCCAGACCCUCUAUCAGCAAGACCCCUGAAGACUCCAAGAGCAGCAGUGGCUGUGACACAGCCGAUGAUCCCAAUUCGGAGUUGGAGAACGGCGCAGACCCCGAACUUGGAAAUGGCCAUGCCUUUGAGCUAGAAAAUGGCCCGCAUUCUCUCAAGGAUGUGGCUGGACCCCAUCUGGAGAGGUCAGAAGCGGACAGUGAGGUAGAGCUCAGAGUUCCAAAGACAGAAGCCCCUCUGAGUGACAGCAAUGACAAACGCCGCUUCUCAAAAACUGGGAAGACAGACUUCCAGUCCAGUGACUGUCUGGCGCGGGAGGAAGUUGGCCGGAUAUGGAAGAUGGAGCUGCUCAAAGAAUCAGAUGGGCUGGGAAUUCAGGUUAGUGGAGGCCGAGGAUCAAAGCGCUCACCUCACGCUAUCGUUGUCACCCAAGUGAAGGAAGGAGGUGCCGCUCACAGGGAUGGCAGGCUGUCCUUAGGAGACGAACUGCUGGUGAUCAAUGGUCACUUACUGGUCGGGCUGUCCCACGAGGAAGCUGUGGCCAUUCUGCGCUCAGCCACUGGGAUGGUACAGCUGGUAGUGGCCAGCAAGGAGAGCUCAGCGGAGGACCUUCUGAAGUUAACAUCGAAGAGCUUACCUGACCUGACUAGUUCAGUGGAGGACAUGUCCUCCUGGACGGACAAUGAAGACCAGGAGGCGGCCGGGGAAGAUGAAGAGGGGUCGGGCCCAGCUGCUGUCCGGGUCACGAUGCCCGGGUCAGAAGAAUCCCAGGACGUAGGCAGCUCUGAGGAAUCCAAAGGGAACUUGGAAAGUCCCAAACAGGGCAACUGUAAGACGAAACUCAAGAGCCGACUCUCAGGAGGUGUCCACCGCCUGGAGUCUGUUGAAGAAUAUAAUGAACUGAUGGUACGAAAUGGGGACCCCCGGAUCAGGAUGCUGGAGGUCUCCCGAGAUGGCCGGAAGCACUCUCUUCCGCAGCUGCUGGACUCUACUGGGACAUCUCAGGAAUACCACAUCGUGAAGAAGUCUACCCGCUCCCUGAGCACCACCCACGUGGAAUCACCGUGGAGGCUCAUCCGACCUUCUGUCAUUUCCAUCAUCGGGCUAUACAAAGAGAAAGGCAAGGGCCUUGGCUUUAGCAUUGCUGGAGGGCGAGACUGCAUUCGAGGCCAGAUGGGAAUUUUUGUCAAGACCAUUUUCCCAAACGGAUCAGCCGCAGAGGACGGCAGGCUCAAAGAAGGAGAUGAAAUCCUAGAUGUAAAUGGAAUACCAAUCAAGGGCUUGACGUUUCAAGAGGCUAUUCACACCUUCAAGCAAAUCCGAAGUGGGCUGUUUGUCCUCACCGUGCGCACCAAGCUCCUCAGCCCCAGUCUCACGCCCUGCUCCACUCCCACGCACAUGAGCAGAUCGAGCUCCCCAAGCUUCAACACCAACAGUGGGGGAACCCCAGCAGGAGGAGGCCAAGAGGAAGGUGGCUCUUCAUCCCUGGGUCGGAAGGCUCCCGGGCCCAAAGACAGGAUUGUCAUGGAAGUCACACUCAACAAAGAGCCAAGAGUUGGACUGGGCAUUGGUGCCUGCUGCUUGGCCUUGGAAAACAGCCCUCCAGGUAUAUACAUUCACAGCCUUGCCCCUGGAUCCGUGGCCAAGAUGGAGAGCAACCUGAGCCGCGGAGACCAAAUCCUGGAAGUGAAUUCUGUGAACGUGCGUCAUGCGGCUUUAAGCAAAGUGCAUGCCAUCUUAAGUAAAUGUCCCCCAGGGCCUGUUCGCCUGGUCAUCGGCCGACACCCUAAUCCAAAGGUCUCGGAGCAGGAAAUGGACGAAGUGAUAGCACGCAGCACUUACCAGGAAAGCAGAGAAGCCAACUCCUCCCCCGGCCUCGGUACCCCCUUGAAGAGCCCCUCUCUGGCCAAAAAGGACUCACUCCUCUCUGAAUCUGAGCUCUCCCAAUACUUUGUCCAUGAUGGCCAGGGCUCCCUGUCAGACUUUGUGGUGGCUGGCUCUGAGGAUGAGGAUCACCCUGGAAGUGGAUAUGAGACCUCGGAGGAUGGCAGCCUGCUUCCUGUCCCCUCAGCUCACAAAGCCAGGGCCAACAGCCUUGUGACCCUUGGAAGCCAGAGGACUUCUGGGCUCUUACACAAGCAGGUGACAGUUGCCAGGCAAGCCAGUCUCCCCGGAAGCCCCCAGGUCCUCAGGAACCCUCUUCUCCGCCAGAGGAGGGUGCGUUGCUAUGACAGCAAUGGUGGCAGCGAUGAUGAAGACUUCGAUGGUGAAGGGGACUGCAUCUCCCUCCCGGGAGUCCUCCCAGGUCCCGGCAAGCCUCUGGUAGAAGAUGACACGAGGCCUGCCUUGACAACCUCUUCCAAAAGUAUUGAUGUGAACAAGCAGGAGGAAAGACUCCAGAAACCACUGGUCAGCAAGGCCUGCUCCGUGCCUCUCCUCGGCAGCUCGCUGGACUCAGAGCACAGCAUCCUCAAUGGAACAGGGGGUACCCCUCCCAAGGUAGCCAGCCUGCCAGGUUCUGGAGAAACCCCCAAGAAUGGGCCCAGAGGCUCUGGGAGAAAAGAAAUGUCAGGGUCAAGAAGCUCACCAAAGCUGGAAUACAGAGUCCCUACAGACACCCAGAGCCCAAGGAGCCCGGAAAACCAUACCUCCCCACCACAGAAGAGUGAAAAUCUGGUGUCCAGGCACAAGCCCGUGGCCAGGAUCAGCCCACACUACAAGAGGUCUGAUGCAGAGGAGGCCCCAGGUGGAACAGCCAAUGGACCGUGUGCUCAAGACUUGAAAGUCCAGGCGUCUCCCGUGAAAGAUCCUGUCACCGGCCGUCAGCCAGGUGGAACCGCAGAGAAGGAACUUCAGGGAAAUCCCACCCCGGGGGACAGCUCUGUCCCCACCAACUGUGGACCAGCCAGUACCCCAUGCCACCCAAACACUGGACUCCCCACAGAGAACCCGCAGGGAGCUGCACCAGAGUGCGUGCCACACCCUGGGACUGGAUGGGACGGGUCCUCAGAGCAUCUCUGUUCCCCAGGGAAGAGCAGGGAGGUUCAUCCUGACUCCAGCGAGACUCCUACAGUCGCCGAGCAAGUCCACCAGCCUGAGAGCCUCAGCCAGCCAGUGUCUCCCAGAACCUCAGAGCCUGAGUCCCAGGGCAUAUCUAAAAUGAAGCCACCCAGUCAGAGAUGUGUGUCUCCCAGGGAGAAGGCCUCAACUCCUCCCGACUCCAGCAGGGCUUGGGCCGCUCCUGGGGACAGCUCUCCUAGCACUAGGAGAAUAGCUGUCCCCAUGAGCACAGGAGCAGCACCAGCUACUGCCAUCCCACAGGCCUCCCUUGUGUCCCAGGAAAGGAGCAGAGGCCUCUCAGGUCCCAGCAAGGGCCUGGGAACUAAAGAACUCUGCAUACCUAAAAGCUUGAAGGACGGUGCUCUGCUCGAAGACACAGCUCCUGCAUCUGGAAAGAUGUCACAUGCCAGCAGCCCCUCUGGGCCAGUGGCUACUGAAAGGACCCUGUCAGGAAGCCCAGAGAACCCUGUGACAGACAUCGACAACUUCAUUGAGGAGGCCUCUGAGGCCAGGCUUUCUCAGUCUCCUCAGAAAGCAGACUGCAGGGCUCACGGGGACACUUUUGAAAGUCAGCCACCAGGUGGAGCUGGGAGCAGCAGUUCCCACCAUGCUCAGAUGGUCAGGAGUGACCAGACAUCCUCCCCAAGGAAGACUGGAGGCACAGGCUCGCCCCCACCCCAGCAGUGGGCCCUCCAGCCUUCCGUCCUGGAUUCCAUCCAUCCUGACAAACAUUUGGCUGUGAACAAAACCUUCUUGAACAACUACUCUAGAAAUUUUAGCAAUUUCCACGAAGACAGUAUUUCCCUUUCAGGCCCGGGCGGCAGUUCAGAGCCGUCGCCCUCAUCCAUGUAUGGUAACGCUGAAGACUCAUCGUCAGACCCUGAGUCUCUUGCUGAAGACCCAGGAGCAGCUGCCAGGAACAACUGGUCACCUCCUCUGUCUCCUGAGUCCUCCCCUAAAGAAGGUAGCAGUGAGUCUGAGGACGAGCGAAUAGAAAUCUGUUCCACAGAUGGCUGCCCUGGGACCCCAGUGACUGCCCCUCCUCCUACCCAGGUUGCACUCUGCCCAGUUCUGCCAGUACAGCAGAGGGCUGUGUGCAAGCCAGUGGGGGACAUCUGUGAGAGAGCCUGCUUCGUGCCAGGAGCCUCACGCACUUCCAUCCCGGACUCUUCUCAGCCAUUUUCCUUCCUGGAUGUAAGCUCUGAGGAGCCGGAGACAUGGGCCAGCAUAAAUGCUUCACAGAACCACAUGCCCGUGUGCACAGAAGGAAUCAUGGACGUCACUAGCACAAGCUCAAACAUGGGAGACAGCCAGUCUUCCCAAAUGACCAGACAUUGUCGAAACGCACCAUUCGUGCUUGGGAACCCAGAUAUGGUAAAUGAUUUGGGACGUGACCUGCUGGAUGAGGGAGCCCCAAAGGAAGGAGCAGCUGCUGCGAGUGUGAUGCGCAGUGUGUUUGCCCUGGGGGCCGAGGGCCCUAAGAACGGAGAGGCGGUCUUGGCAGAUCUACACAUUGCCGAGCGCGGCAACCUGGAAGACUUGCUACAGAAACCAAAAACAAUCUCCAGGAGGCCUAUCCUGACCUGGUUUAAAGAAAUAAAUAAAGACAGCCAAGGCUCACAUUUGCGGAGCACAUCUGAGAAAGAACAGUCCUCGAUGCUGGCUCUGGGUCCUGGCUCGAAAGCUAACAUGGUGAACACCGGCCACAGAAAGGGGGUGACUGUGCCUAAGAGUCCUCCUUCACGGCAGAAGAGUCAGGAAAAUAAAGACCUGCCCCCCAAAAGUCCAGUGGAAACACUAGGUAACUGUCAGAAACCCAAGUGCAGCCCUAAACUGAAGAGACUAAACAGCAAAGGCAAAGCCAGUCCUGAGGUACCCGUGGCCAUUUCCACUAAGGGCAGCAGGAACGACCACAGGAAGACCUUGCCUUCACCCCAGGCCUCCCAUAAAAUGUUUUCUAAGGCAGUGUCACACAGGCUCCACAUAGCUGACCAGGAAGAACCUAAGAACACUGCUGGGGACACCCCCAAGCCUCCCCAGUGCGUGCCGGAGAGCAAGCCACCCCAGGCUGCCUUAGGGUCGCUGAGGACCUCCGCAUCCGACACAAGCAUUAGAACCUUUACUUCGCCCCUGACCUCCCCCAAGCUUCUCCCUGAGCAGGGUGCAAACAGUAGGUUCCACAUGGCUGUCUACUUGGAAUCUGACACAAGCUGUCCAACCACCUCCAGGUCCCCUAGGAGUGGACCGGAGGGCAAGGCGCCCCAUGCUAACUCUGGGUCAGCGAGUCCCCCAGCAUCGAGGGCCAGCCUAGCCUUGGCAGGGAUCAGGCAGAGCAAGCAGUUCACACCGGGCCGAGCAGACUUGUUAGUAUCAGAAGCAACCCAGCCCCAGGGCAUCUGUGAGAAAGGAGCUGAAAAAAAGGUUAGUGAUCCUCCACAAAGGACAAACCAGCUAAAAAUAGUUGAGAUUUCUUCUGAAAGAGUGCCAAAGAAUGCAUGUGGUGACAGGCCACCCGAAAGUGACAGAAAGGGAGGGUUCUUGACCCAGAACAACUGUCAGGAGAAGAGUGCAAUCAGACUCCGGCAGUCGGAGGAAUCGUCCCCAGAGCAUACACCCUUCCCUCCCUCUCAGGCCUCCCAAGUGGAACGGGAAAUUCGAUGGUCUUUCAGCAUGGCCAAACCGGCCACCUCUUCCUCCUCCUCCCUGCAGCUGCCUGCCAAAUUGCCAGAGUCCUUCCAGGGCAAAUCAAGCCAAAUGCCAGCCUCCGUUGGGGUGCCCAAGAAUGGGGUACCCAUAGGCCUGGCCGGAGAAGAGAGCCCCUACUUCACACCGAGGCCAGCCACCAGGACCUAUUCCAUGCCAGCCCAGUUCUCGAGCCACUUUGGACGAGAAGGUCCUUCCCCACACAGCCCAAGUCACUCGCCUCAGGACCCGCAGGUCCCUGCGAUGGGUGGUAAGCUCUCUGAGAAGACAGCCAAGGGCGUGACUAAUGGACAGGGCGUAUAUAGUGUGAAGCCUCUGCUGGAAACAUCGAAGAACCUGUCACCAGUGGACGGACGGGAUGUCAGUGCAGACCCCGAGACGAGCUGCCUCAUCCCAGACAAGGUCAAAGUCACCAGGAGACAGUACUGCUGUGAGCAGAGUUGGCCCCAUGAAUCUACCUCGUUUUUCUCUGUGAAGCAGAGAAUCAAGUCUUUUGAGAACUUGGCCAAUUCUGACCGGCCCACGGCCAAGUGUGCCACAUCCCCGUUCUUAUCCGUAAGCUCUAAGCCUCCCAUUAACAGACGGUCGUCUGGCAGCAUCCCUUCAGGGAGCCCCAGCGAUAUGACCUCGAGGUCGCUGAGGCGCAGCUUGAGUUCCUGCAGUGAAAGCCAGAGUGAGGCCAGCAGCCUUCUCCCGCAGAUGACGAAGUCCCCCUCCAGCAUGACGCUGACUGUCUCCAGGCAGAAUCCACCAGACACUAGUAACAAGGGCCCCAGUCCAGACCCAAAGAAAUCACUUGUCCCUGUGGGAAUUCCCACCUCCACAGUGAGCCCAGCCUCACCCAGCAAAAGGAACAAGUCCUCUGUGCGCCAUGCCCAGCCCUCUCCAGUAUCCCGAUCCAAGCUCCAGGAGCUGAGAACCUUAAGCAUGCCAGACCUGGACAAGCUGUGUAAUGGUGAGGACGACUCUGCCAGCCCAGGGGCUGUGCUCUUUAAAACCCAGCUGGAGAUCACCCCCAGAAGGUCGAAAGGCUCCCAGGCUACUUCUCCAGCUGGCUCCCCAGCUAGAGGCCAUGCAGAUUUCAAUGGUUCAACCUUCCUUUCAUGUCCUAUGAAUGGUGGGACCAGAGCCUACACAAAAGGAAACAGCCCUCCAGCCAGUGAGCCUGCCAUAGCCACUGGAUCCAGGGAAGAGGGUGAAUCUGUGUGGGCCACGCCUUCUGGGAAAAGCUGGUCGGUGAGUUUGGAUCGACUCCUUGCCUCAGUGGGGAACCAGCAGAGAUUGCAGGGCAUUUUAUCAUUAGUGGGUUCUAAAUCCCCCAUCCUCACGCUCAUUCAGGAAGCGAAGGCGCAAUCAGAGACUAAAGAAGAUAUCUGCUUCAUAGUCUUGAAUAAAAAAGAAGGCUCGGGUCUGGGAUUCAGUGUGGCAGGAGGGGCCGACGUGGAGCCAAAAUCAGUCAUGGUCCACAGGGUGUUUUCUCAGGGCGUGGCUUCUCAGGAAGGGACUGUGAGCCGAGGGGACUUCCUUCUCUCCGUCAAUGGCACCUCCUUAGCUGGCUUAGCCCACAGUGAGGUCACGAAGGUUCUGCACCAGGCAGAGCUGCACAAACACGCCCUCAUGAUUAUCAAGAAAGGGAAUGACCAACCCGGGCCCUCCUUCAAGCAGGAGCCUCCCUCAGCCAAUGGGAAAGGCCCUUUCCCCAGAAGGACCUUGCCGCUGGAGCCUGGAGCUGGGAGAAAUGGAGCUGCUCACGAUGCGCUGUGUGUUGAAGUGCUGAAAACCUCUGCUGGGCUGGGAUUGAGUCUGGAUGGAGGAAAAUCGUCUGUAUCCGGAGAGGGGCCACUGGUGAUUAAAAGGGUGUACAAAGGCGGUGCGGCCGAACGAGCUGGAACAAUAGAAGCGGGUGAUGAGAUCCUAGCCAUUAAUGGGAAGCCCUUGGUCGGGCUGGUGCACUUCGAUGCCUGGAACAUCAUGAAGUCUGUUCCAGAAGGGCCCGUGCAGCUAGUGAUCAGAAAGCACAGGGAUUCGUGAAUUUUUCACAGGGAUCUCCUUCCCUAGAUUUACUACUUUACCAGAACGACUUCUCUAAACGAUGGGUUCUUGAAUCAACAAACAGCUUAGACAAAUUCCAUGAUUGUACUUUUACAAUGAAGCCCGAACUCUGGAAACCACCUACCUGGACCGUCAGGGCUGGGAGGGCAUCAUUUCAUUCAGUGCCUCGGAUCAAGAGUGGACGUGCUCUUCAUCUGGAACGCCUAGCUGCACCCUCACCUCCCUCCUGCCACCUCUCCCAGCAUCAGUCCUGGUGAGUAGGGACCAGAGGAUAACACAAAUGCCCCAGCGAAAAUGAUUUAUGUAUGUAGAUUUAUAUAAUUUUGUAAGUAAAUGACAGUGCUUUUAGGUACAUGCAGUGGAAGGCAGAGCUACGUAUGUUACCUUGAAAAGGAAAAUGAGACGUAAAGAAAAUGAAUUUAUGACCUAAUUGUUAGGCAGAGCUCAGGAAUCACCCAACAGUGAAAAAGAAAAAGUGCUAUUUUUUAAUGAACGUAAUGUAUGAUACGAACUAGGAAGUUCUGAUGGUUUUCUGUUUCAGAGUGUAAGUCAUAAGGCCGUUCCAGAGCGACAGUUCUGACGAGUUGCAAUAAAUCGCUGUGAGCUUCCCUUCCUGGGAGGAAGUUCUAGCCCGAAAGCACCUUGCAUCUAGUUUUCAAACUUGAGUACAUGGUCGAAUUCAAGGCUGAUCAACACAAAAACAGGCAAAGUUGUCAGCGUGUUUCUGUUUCCACACACAUACAUGCACCCCCACCACCACCACCACCACCACCACCCCCCCCACCGGAAAGGAAUUUGAGAGUUCAAUCCUUCGACUUGCAAACAUAGGCAUUCUGUGGUCCAGACUGAGGAGCAUCCUCUCGGGGAAAUUUUCUUGUUAGCUUUUCUCCUUUCCCCUCCAGACCUAAAGAAGCUGGACUACAGUCCAGCUCUCUUCCCUGACAGAGAUCUGCGGUGGUUCAACUUCUUGCUAUUUUGGUUUUUCCUGUUUUGCAAACUCUUCCUCUUGCUAAAACUAGGGUCCCACUGAUCAUUUUGACUCAAGCUGCUUGUAAAACUCCUCCGGCUUGGCUGCCGUGAACUUCUUCGAAGCCCUUCCUCCUCACAAGCUGGCUUUUCCUCCCUUUGCACUGACCAUCAUUUUCUUAAAUUCCAAAGCCUCGCCAGCUUCCUUUACCAAACAAGGAAAAUGGAAAAACAGGGUGAGUCAUUCUCAAGGAAAAGGACUGCACAGUGUUCACCACCCUCUCCUCAGGUGGUGCCACCCAGUGCUGGGUCCUGGGGUCUUGGGUGGAAACCUCGUUUUCAAAUCACGCAUGCACAAUGCUAUGGUUUCGCCGCUCUGGUUAACAGCUGGGUCUAGGGGAAAGACGGCUGAGGUGCUUGAGCUGCUGUUGCCUUCGUACGUCAUCAUCUGAGCCCGAUCCUGCUGGCCGCCUGCAGAGGACCCAAGAGAGGGCCCGUAGGCGGACGCGAUAUACCUGGCUCAUUUUCAACAGGUCUCACAGAGAAAACUACAGUCCAGGAGUUAGCUAGGAAAACUGGCUUAGCAUCUUCUUUUCCUUACAGUUACAAGUAGGAUACUCUUAAGACGUCAGUGCAAGGUGCAUGCUAGGUUGUCGUUUAAGUCUCAAGGGUCAGUUUUCUGCUUUCUUACUUGAAUGAUAAUUUUAAGUCAGCACGGAAAACCAUUUUUUUCUUUCCUUUUUGUUUGCCUCUACUCCCUUACAGUCAUGCCUAUUAAGUCCUUUGUGAACAGACAGGACUUCCGGGAGCAAUGGCCUCUUUCCAAGUGUCCCCAGAGCUCCUAUCUGAAGAGUACACGGAGGACUUGCUACACCAUGUUAAGUCAUCAAGCAUUUGGCCUGGAUCUUCCCAGCUAACUGGGAAUGUAAGGGAAGAAGCAAGAGCUAGCCCUGUCUCUGACCCUGAGAUAGAAAGCUAUUUAUUUGUGUUCAGUGUUCAAGGCAUGACUAGUAUUGCUGAUUAGUCUAAUAAAUCCCCACACUUCCUGCAGUGAACACUAAUGGUAUUGUUCUAACCCUUUUUCUUUCUUUGUAUGUGGUCAGUCACUCACAGUAAGCUAUGAGGUAAAAUGUGUUACACAAAUCGUAGUUGUAAGACAAUAUCGUGAAGGCUCAUGUAGGUUGGGUUUCAUUCACACCCUCCCACACAUAUCGCAUUACAUUGUAGGGUUGACUUUAAUUGGCACCACACUUGUACAUUAUACAUUAUUUAUGUAAGAUAAAAUGCCUUAUAUAUUAAAGAGUAAGUGCAAUAAAUAUGAAAUGGCCUGUACAUUUUAAAAAUGUUGCCAAGUUAUGUAAAUCCACCUCUCUGUAAACAAUUUUUUAAAUAAUUUUCAAAAAAUAAACACUGCUUACUACUUG